UUGAACGCAACACUAAUCGGCGGUCGGAGCCGCCGCCAGAUUUGAGACAUUCAGUGGACGGCAAUCGUGGCGCAAGGUUGUCAGAACCGCCGGACACUGCCUCGGCUCUUCCUUUUCUCCCUUCAAACCGGUACCGGGUCAGUUCCGUCCAUGCCUUCCGCGCUCGGACGCCUUCUCCUGGGGGUGGCUCUGCUGUCCUGUCGUGCGGAAGAAACCUCAGACAAUAAUGUGUAUGAGAAGAUCCUGGCCUUUGCUGGCGGAAGUGUCGUCCUGCCCUGCCACGUCACUGUCAGCGGGGACAUCCCAACAGUGGAGUGGUCCAAGGAGGGUCUGGAUCCAACCAUCGCCUUCCUGUACCGGGAUGGCUGCGAGACCUUCGAGAUGAAGAGUCCGGUCUUCUGGUACAGGACGAACCUCAUGAUGAACGAAGUGAAAAACGGAAACAUGUCGCUGCUGAUUUCCAACGUGCAGCUCUCUGAUGCAGGAAAAUACCGAUGCAUGAUUCUCCGGAGGACGAGCCGCCAGGUCGUCGCAACGCUGGAGCUCCUCGUUUAUGCCGUUUCUGAGCCAAGGCUCUCAGUUGUUCCGGGUGUGGACGACGGGGUGACUCUGCAGUGUGAGGCGGACUGCUGGUCGCCGGUGCCUGAGAUUACGUUUCUCGACGACCGGGGAAACCACAUAAAAGCUGAAAAGCCAAAGACACGUCAGGAUUCCAGGGGACGUUUCACCGUCGCACAGACGGCGACUGUGCAGACUGAUACCCACAGGGUCACCUGCAGAGCUCACCAGCCUCAGAUAAACCAGACCAGGGAUGCAGAAAUUUACAUACCAGCCAUCUACAGGAGGUCCUGCACCGUAACCUUCAUCAUCGCUGUUGUAGUGACCGUAUUUCUACUGGGACUAGGCUCACUUGCAUUUGCCGCUUUACACCACAAAUGUGGCAGCUGUGUGGGGAGAAAACAACCUCCAGGUUCCAAGGAGCCGUCAGACCAAAGUACAACAAGCAGGAAUGCUGACGGCGAUGAAGACACCACCACUGAGUAUCCGAGGAACCGAGGAACUGGAUUUUAAAGAUGAGAUCAACCAUCAGCUAAGGGAAGAACUGAAGAAUGUGAGAUCCAAGCAGAGUCCUGUUGUGUGCAGGCGUAGCCGGCUCACGGUUGCCAGUAGUCCUUCGGAAUCCGCACCAGACGUCUCAGAAUCCGUCAACCUACCCCCAAGCGAGUAUCCCAGUUACGACUAUCCAAUUCCAGCAGCCUACACCGACGGCAGCCGUCUAAAAGCUGGCAGCUUGCCCCGGAAAAAAGAUUCAAAACCUGGCGUCUCAGGCGGUAAUAAGGACACCAGUCCGGCCCUACCAGUCCGGUGGGGGCGUUUUUCUUCGGGCUAGAGCCUUGGCUCUUUCCCCAUGCCCCCCUCCUUUAGCACGAGCUUCCAUCGCAAGUUUCGGGGAGCGGGCUCCGUGGAGAUGUUAAAAUCCAGCUUUGAAACAUAAUCCCUUGCCCCUGUGCUGUGGUACCUCUCAGCGUCUCUGGAUGGGGACUGAUACAACUGCCCUACACCUGAAAAACUUGGGUUCUUAACCAUGUUACUCUGUGUGUGUGCGUGUGUGUGCGUGUGCCACACUUUGAAUCUGUUUUA